AUGGUUGACUCUGGUAACCAAAUCGCAGAUAAAUGGACACAUAUCACCAGCAUGGACGAAUCCCCGAUGCAAUUCGCAAAGGACGCAACCGAUCUUAAAACGGCCGAGACAAAUGACAUAGAACGCUCAGCAAGCUCAGGAACUGAGCGUCAUGGUAGCACAGUCGUUCUAUCUGCGUCGGACGAUGCUGGGUACCAUCGUUCUUUGACAAGGCGCCAGAUCAUGAUGAUGACUUUUGGAGCUGGCAUCGGCACUGGUCUUUGGGUGGGAACUGGACAAGCAUUGCACUAUGCCGGUCCUGCUGGUACAGCAAUCACCUAUACGAUCACAGCGAUGAUUGUGUACGCCCAAUACUCUUCAAUCGGCGAGAUGACUACAUACAAGCCUAUUCACGGUGGCUUUAUCCGACAAUGCGCCGAAUACGUGGAUCCGGCGUUCGGGUUUGCAAUUGGUGUUAACUUCUGGUUCGCAUGGGUGAUGAUCAUCCCAGCAGAGAUUACGGCAGCAAUAUCCGUUCUGAGAUACUGGCCAGAGACAGACGUAAUCCCACUCGCGGGAUUUAUCACUAUAUUUCUGGUAGUCUUCGCCCUCGCAAACAUGUUUCACGUGAGAGUCUACGGUUAUAUCGAGUAUUAUAUGUCCUUUGUGAAGUGCAUCGCAGUUGUCUUGAUGAUAUUCUUCAUGUUCAUCAUGACAUCGGGAGGAAUACCAGCGACAAACGGCCCAAUCGAGUUCCGAUACUGGAAAAACCCUGGGGCUUUUAAUAAUGGAAUAAAGGGUAUUGCUAAAGCGUUCGUACAGGCGGCGUUUAGUUUCGGUGGUGGUGAGCAUAUUGCUGUUAUAGCUGGCGAAGUAGCCGAUCCACGUCGCACUAUCAAGAAGACAGUGCGACCCGUUUUCUGGAGAAUGUUCACCUUCUUUGUGGUUAAUAUCUGGCUUGUCGGAAUGUGUGUGCCAUCUAAUGACACUGAUCUUGUUAAUGCCAGCGGGACCAUGGGAAGCCCCUUUGUCAUUGCAAUCAAGCGGGCGGAUGUCUAUGGUCUAGCACAUGCCAUCAACGGGUUCAUCUUCCUCAGUGUUAUUAGCUGUGGCAUUACCAAUCAUUCAUCCGUUCUUUGGAAAAAGGACUCGCAGGGCCGGCCUUACGUGUCCCUGAUAAUCAGCUUGGGACUUGGUGGUGGGCUUGGCUAUCUCAACUGCAACAGCGUGGGAACUUUGGUAUAUAGUUGGUUUUCUGCCUUGGUGGCAAUAGCAACCCUCUUCCAAUGGGGUUCGAUUUAUAUUGCUCAUCUUCGCUUCCGGCAAGGUCUUCGCGCCCAAGGGAAGGAUCUCAGCGCUCUCCCAUUCAAAGGUCUUCUCACCCCAUGGGCGCAAUACUUUGGUCUCAUCAUUGUGUUGUUUGUCUUUGGUUGUGAAUUCUAUCUAGCUUGCUGGCCUUUCGGAGAAAAGGGUUCGGUGAAGAGCUUCUUCUCUUCUUAUCUUGCCGCUCCUUUGUUCUUCUUCGAUUACUUUGUAUACAAGUGGUAUUUCAAGACAAAGAUAGUCAAGCCGGUUGACAUGGACUUCGGCCCUGCCAGAGCCUUUGAUGAGCAGGAUCUUAUCAAUGCUAUUGCAGCUGAAGAUGCGGAGCGGGACCCAGAGAAGAACAAGCGCCAAACCUGGACAAAACGUGUUCUGUACAUGGUAUUUGGAUAA